CACUCAACGAUCCCACCGGUCUCGACGACGACAAGACCUCAAGACUCGCUCACCGCCGCAAAAUUUAGCCAACAUGGGUCGUAUGCACGCUCCCGGAAAGGGCAUUUCGUCCUCUGCCCUCCCCUACCGCCGUACUCCCCCUUCAUGGCUCAAGACUACCCCUGAGGACGUCGUUGAGCACAUCUGCAAGCUCGCCCGUAAGGGUUUGACACCAUCGCAGAUCGGUGUUACCCUCCGUGACUCGCACGGUAUCCCCCAGGUUCGCUUCGUGACUGGCAACAAGAUUCUCCGUAUCUUGAAGACCAGCGGUCUUGCCCCUCAGAUUCCCGAGGAUCUCUGGCACCUGAUCAAGAAAGCUGUCGCCGUCCGCAAGCACUUGGAGACUAAUCGCAAGGACAAGGACUCUAAGUUUCGCCUCAUUCUUAUCGAGUCGCGUAUCCAUCGCCUUGCUCGCUACUAUAAGACAAGGCAACAGAUUCCCCCGACCUUCAAGUACGACUCUGCCACCGCUUCCACCCUCAUUGCAUGAGCCGGUCGGUCAACACUGGAGUAUGGCGGAUGGCUGAUGCCCAAGUGCUGGCGGUUUAAGUUUUUCUUAUGUGAUAUUGCGUCUUCUCGUUUCAUGCUUGUUGUCGCAAUGCAAAAUAGGCGUAUGCUAUCCAGGAUGCAGACACAACGGUUCUUGCGUGAUACCUAUCAGCUUCUGCUGUUGUGUGCUGUGAGGUCGUGGUCUCAUGGACCCGGUCUGUGGACCAUGGUUGCAUUGAAGUGCCCCCAUAGGGCCUUUUGGAUGAGAGCAGCCGUUCUUGUUUGCGUCUUACCGCCGCGAGCUGUGUUGUCGCUCGUUUUUAUACUGUGGGACAGUAAACACGAUAUGGUUCGGGCCUUUUAGGUCUACCAUUCGGGAUACUUACUAAGGCGACGAAGUGCGCUAGCGAGCCCCCUCCCGCCGCUACGCGACACGUGUCAAGGGCGCAUUUU